UGGCUGAAGGAUCCUGGUCCCCGCAACGAGAAGAGGACCCUUUUCUGCGACAUGGUGUGUUUCCUCUUCAUCACUCCCCUGGCUGCGAUCUCCGGCUGGCUGUGUCUGCGCGGAGCCCAGGAUCAUUUGCAGUUCAACAGCCGACUGGAGGCCAUUGGACUCAUAGCACUAACUAUAGCACUUUUUACAAUCUACGUCCUUUGGACGCUGGUAAGGUUUGUUAACCAGCCUGACACAUUGUCGCCCCGCUACCACUGCCAGCUGUACUCGGAGUGGCGAAGGACCAACCAGAAAGUCCGCUUGAUGAUCCCGGGCUCGCGGAGCCCUCACCCCAUGCCCCACUCCCUCCUCUCCGCCAAGCUGAUGAAGAAGACCGCGGAUGAAACCACCGUCUGA